AUGACAGACCGUUAUAGCUUUUCUUUGACGACUUUUUCGCCUUCGGCAACCAAUGGAGUUGUCAUUGCCACCGAAAAAAAAGCUGCGUCACCACUUAUCGAUGACUCUUCUCUCGAAAAGGUCGCCAAUGUUUGCCCGAAUAUUGGAAUUGUUUAUUCUGGCAUGGGACCAGAUUUCCGGAUUUUAUUAACUAAAGCAAGGAAAGCUGCUCAAAAAUACAAAAGAAUUUACGAUGAAUAUCCUCCAACAGGAAUUCUAGUGAAAGAAGUUGCAAGCGUUAUGCAAGAAUUUACGCAGAGUGUACGCCCGUUUGGAGUUUCCCUAUUAAUUGCCGGUCAUGAUGAAACAGGUCCAUCUUUGUAUCAAGUAGAUCCAUCAGGUUCCUAUUGGGCAUGGAAGGCAUCGGCGAUGGGGAAAAAUAUGAUUAACGCAAAAACAUUUUUGGAAAAACGGUAG